AUGCGUACUUCAAAAACAAUACCCAAUAUCCCUUGUAGUGCUAGAUGGGAACGCAGUGGUGUAACUGUUGCUGGAGGUCGUGGAGAAGGCAGUGAUCGUAAUCAAUUGAAAAAAUCUUAUGGUAUCUUUAUUGAUAAUGAUGAGACAGUGAUUAUUGCUGAUUGUUUCAAUCAUCGUGUCGUUCAAUGGAAGCCGAGUGAUACGAAUGGACAAAUUGUUGCUGGAGGAAAUGGCCAAGGAAGUAGUCUUAAUCAAUUGAAUCAUCCAAGUGAUGUAUUAAUCGGCAAAAAAAUGGAUAGUCUCAUAAUUGCUGACUUGGGAAAUCGACGAGUUGUACAAUGGUCUCGUCGCUCUGAAACACUACAAGGAGAAAUACUCAUCGAUAAUGUCGCUUGUUAUGGUUUAGCGAUGGAUACUCAGGGAUAUCUCUAUGUGCCUAACGCCUUAAAUAAUGAAGUGAGGCGAUAUCGAAUAGGUGACAAGAAUGGCAUUCUCGUAGCUGGCGGAAAUGGUCAAGGUUCUGGCCUCAAUCAACUCAACUUGCCGACGCAUCUUUUUGUUGAUCAACAGCAGAAUCUUUAUAUAUCAGACCGUCACAAUCAUCGUGUAGUGAAAUGGAACAAAGAAGCAAAAGAAGGAAUUGUUGUUGCCGGUGGUCAAGGCACAGGGAAUGCAAUGGCACAAUUGCAUCAUCCUGAAGGAAUCUUCGUCGACCAAUUCAGUAAUCUCUAUGUAGCAGACGAGCAUAAUCAUCGAAUAAUACGUUGGACUCAAGGAGCCAAUCAAGGCACUGUCGUUGUGGGUGGAAAUGGUAUAAGAGGAGGUGCGAAUCAUCUUAACUAUCCUAUGAGUUUGGCUUUUGAUCGGCAUGGGAAUCUCUAUGUUUCCGAUCAUGUGAAUUAUCGUGUUCAACGAUUUUCUCUCAUAAAACCUCAUUGA